UUGCUUUAGUGGGGCCAUUCAUUUUGAAUUCAGCUUAGGAGAGACUAAGUGCAUGGGGUCUGAUAUCGGAGGUGAUAAGGUACAGUGGCUGCAGUAAUCUUCACACUGCCGUUUGAUCCAUCACCGAGGUCUCCCCUUCCUUUCGUCACGUCGUCAGUACAUUUACACACAGUUCUGUCAUCUCUCUUUGAUAUUCUAAUUACAAUCACCUUGUGAUUGAGAUUAUCAGCCACAGCCGCCAAGACCCCUCCAGCAUGACCUUGCAGUGACUCUGUUACUGAGAUCUGAAGCUCUCCAUUCCAGCGACCCCCCAUGUGUAUCAUCUUCUUUAAGUUCGAUCCCCGCCCUGCAUCAAAAAAUGCGUACAGGCUCAUCUUGGCUGCCAAUAGAGAUGAAUUCUAUCACAGGCCAUCCAAGAUAGCAGAUUUCUGGGGGAAUGGUAACGAGAUCCUCAGUGGGCUGGACAUGGAGGAGGGGAAGGAAGGAGGGACCUGGCUGGGAAUCAGUAAGCGAGGGAAGCUCGCUGCUCUAACAAACUAUCUAGAACCCAAGAUCAACACUGACGCCCAGGGGAGAGGCAGUCUGGUUUCAAACUUCCUGACUGAGCGCCUGGACAGCUUCUCUUACCUGAAGAAAGUCUCUUCUGAAGGGCACUUGUACAAUGGCUUUAACUUGAUAACAGCAGAUUUCAACAGGCCGAAAGAAGAUACAUUUUGUUAUUACGGAAACAGAGGAGGCCCAGAACCCAUUUGCUUGAAAGCAGGUAUUUAUGGGCUCAGCAACUCUUUGCUGGAGACUCCGUGGAAGAAGCUCCAGCACGGCAAGCAGCUCUUCACCGAGGUGCUGUCCCGGAACCUGGCUCCUGACAGCCUGGUGCACAAGCUGCUGGACGUCAUGAACAAUCAGGAACCACAAUUACCAGCCCCAGAAAUCGAGAAGCAGGGUCAGGAUUAUAUCCGUCCGAUUCUGAGCAAGUACAGUGCGGUGUGUGUGCGCUGCCAGGGCUACGGUACAAGGACCAACACUAUUAUCCUCAUCGAUGGAACAGGGCACGUCUCUUUCACAGAGCACACCAUGCUGCACUCUGACGUGAACCAGUGGAAAACGAGCUCUUUCCAGUUCAGACUCCUCCAGUAAGACCACGCUGUUGUGCUUUAGACUGGGGAACAUUUAUUUUAGUGUUUUUCAGAAUGAAAAUGAAAACGUGUUUCAUUUAAAAAAAAAAAAAAAAAAAGCUUUAUGUCAAAUAAACUCGUGGAUUUCAGAUUUCUUUUGCAUUGCCAUCACACUGCAGUUCAAAUCUACAGCAUUAAGAGAUAUUAAGAUUACCAAAGCAAGAUGGGCUGAAUGGCCUCCUCUCGUUUGUAAACUUUCUUUCUUAGAAGCAGCUUGGUACGUCGCGCAGCUACAGCCUGAUUCAGCAUCUCUUAUCACCCCUUCUUUAGAUUAAAGAUGAAACACAUUCUGGAGCAGAGCUGAACAGUUUGCACUGCCUCAGCUGAAAUGUAACGAUAACAGAAGUUCAUACCAGUCCUGGUGGCACUGCCCUUAGCAUUCUUACACUCUUCCGUACAAAUCACCUGCACACUUUCAAUGGGAAUUGCAUUUUGUAGCAUCUGUGAGCCAAGCCUGCAUUCAAACCAUGUGUUCUAACUGGCCUAGCUGAAUGACGAGGAAAUUCAUGUUUAAUUUGUUUUCAUACGCAUUUUAAUUUCCUUGAAAUGAAUGGCUGUGCGCUGAAAUUGCAUCUGCAGUAAUUGCUAGACUGCAGCCCUCGCAUCACCCCAGCAGCACUGUAAUAUUGGAGCACAGCUCCUAAUUCCCAGUCCUGUGCAGAGGUUCUGUGUGUGUGUGAGUAGCAUUACUAAAACAAAACGGACGCAGCAUUGUUGUUUGUUGAAGUGUUCUUAACAAGUGUGUCGUACUGCUUUCGUCCAAUUUACUCUGAUCUCUUUCUAGUGGGUAUGGACGCUGCUUGAUCAUUUCAAAGCUGUGAUCAUGAAGUACUGUAAACAGCACCAGCCUUGCUUGAGCCUCUGUGUUUGCACUAAAAGUGCUAUUGUGGAGUCACCCUUGUGCCAUAGUUACAGGCAGGCGUAUGGUUUUCUCUGCUGCUCAAAGCCCCACAUCUCCUUGUUGUUUGUUUAACACAGACUGAUCAGCCAUUAGGGAACAUUGUAUUGUGUCGGAGCUCAUUUCUCUUUUCAAAUCUUAGCUGUGCAUGCGUAAUUGUGGUUCAUGCUUAGUUUUAAAUCAUUGUUGUAAAUACUGUGUAAUAUAUAUGUAUAUUUGUAUACACCACAGUGGUGAUAGAUACACACUUCUCAUGGAAAGGGUGAUAAAAUGUAGCUUUAUCAAGUGAUUUAGCCAUACAUAAUUAACAAGAACUGCACCAGGUGAGGACCAUAUUAUAUUGAUUCAUUUAGUUUAAUAAUGAUGAUACAUCUCUUUAAUAUUCUGGGAUUGUAAAAUAAAAUCAUUCAUUUCACCCAGAUUUCCUAAGGUAUUGCACUAGUGCAAAGAUUGCACCUUCUUGAAUGGAUACAGUACAGUACUAAUAGACUCGGGAUAUGAAUUGUGCAAGUUCUUCUUAAUUAUUACUUUUUGCUGAAGACAGCAGUGACGUUGAUUGCAGGAAUGCUUCUUGCUCUUUGGUUUUCUGGUUUUAACUUGCAAAGCUGUAGCCUGUUUAUUCUGGGGGUUACCAGUGUUUACCAAGACACUGUGCAAGCCUAAUGCUUCAGUGUGCACCUGAUUGACUAGACUGCAUAUUACCUGUGUUGAUGCUGUGAACUGGGAGAAGACGCACUGGAUAAUAGCAUUACACUCUGUUUGAUCACUGAUUGCAGCUUGAUGAAACAGUUAAUCCUGGUGCUGAAGCUCCGAUCUGCACAGUGUCUCCUCCAGUGAUGUAUUAAUCCUGCUGUCUACCCAAUGCAAUCCUCCAGCAACAAAAUGAAUUCAAUUAUGGCAGCUCCCCAACAAGUUAAUGCAAAGAGGUGAUGAAUUCUGAUGUUUUAAAGACUGCAUUCCAUCAACUGACUGAAAAGUGAUGGGAGAACUGGGCUUUGCGUUUUAGGAUUCUAGGACACUGCCCUCUGGUGUCAGUUUUUAUUGCAGCAGCUUCUUGAGAACAAUGCCUCUCACCUGCCACUGCUCAUCCACCUGCAUGAUACCACUGAGCUCAUAAGAGAGAAGAGUCACUUUUUCCGGUUCCACUGUGGGCGCUGCGAAUGACACGUGUCCUUUUUUUAGAUUAGAAAGUAAGAAAGAAACCUUGUGGGUAUUGGUGUGCAGAAACAUUUGCAAAUGGUAAGGAAAGAUUUGUAUUGGAAGAAAAAGUUAUUUAAGCCACUCUUAAAAGAAAGAGGUUUUAUGAAUCCCAUUUUUUAAUAGACUUGAGGGAUUCACAAAGUAUUCAACCCACUACUAAAUGUGAUGCUUUGUUUUUCUUUUUACUUAAAAAAAAAAAAUACUGCUAAUGCUACAGAAAAAACAGGUUCUGUCUUAGCACUGUUAGUGCUCUGUGGGUUGGGGUGUCAUGAUUAGUGCCCAGUUCCCUUCUCCCUCCCUCCCUCCCAGAGUUGCAGGUUGGCAGGUUCAGGGGUCUGAGUACAAUACUUGUGGGUAAAAGUACAAUAUUUUUUUAAGCAUUUAUAGAAAACUGCCAAUAGUUUUAACUGUGUUUUCUUUUCUUAAUUGGUUUUCUAUUCUGCAUUUACAAAAGCUGUGGUUAAUAAUAAUAAUAAUAAUAAUAAUAAUAAUAAUAAUAUAUUGACAGGAGUAUGUAAUGUACAGGGUGUCGUGACUGUCUGUUGUUAUCACUGCACCUGAAAGCACAAUAAUCUUAAUAAAACAUUCAGUUCUGUGUA